UUAUCUGUGAACGCCUCUGCUCGAUGCUCGGCUCAUAUCUGCGACGCAGAGCCAACAGAGACACACACCCAUCGUGUGUUGUGGUUGCCUCCUGGACCGUUCCUUGACAGUCCUUGCCCUCUGUGGCCCUGUCCAGUGCUCUCCACAACAUCCAUCUCUCCAUCCUCAUGUUGCGGCGUUGGACAUCUGUGAGCGACUCGUCAGCGAACUUCACCGACAGCUCGUCAUCAGUUGACGGAUGAAAGUACUUGGCCAUGCCAUCGAUGCCAUAGAACAUGCCAGCGAACGACUGACGCCAGCUGUGGUAGUCGCUCUCUUUGCCGCUGAAGCGAGGAGGGUUGGUGGCGAUGCCAUCAGCCAU